AUGAACGGGGACUUGAGUCUCUCCCAGGCUCUUGGUGGUCUUCGGAUAGCCAACCCUGACGCAGCAACGCAAGAUCAUCCCCCGAGGCACGCCAACCAAACUCCUCACGCAGCUACCACAAACAACACCUCGACCGCAGAUCGCGAAUUAUCCUCUGUCGGCGAUCUGGCCGAAGGUACCAAUAACAUCAGCACGGAACAUUAUCCCAAUGAAACCGAUCGCCAGCCUCACACGCACACGCACACGUCAUUUGAUGCACCAGACCCGCCAGCGCAGCAUUCAAUGUCGGCACACAGUCAUGCCAUAUCCGAAACCCGCUACGGCGAGUCGCCAUUGCAACAACAGUCAAACAGGCUCAUGGCGCUCGCUGCAGGAAGCACAAAUGAGUCCUUGCCGCACCGCCAACUGUCCAGAGGACGAGUCGAUGGCCUUUUGCGCAAUGAAUUGGCCCAACCAGCGACAUAUUCCGGAAAUGCACCUGGCCAAACGAGCGCAGAAGAUUGGAAAGAUCGUGGUGCUGCAGUUGGAAUCAGGCGAGAAAUCGAUGCCAAUGGCAGGUCGAUUGUACGUCAAGUUAAAAAGGGUGUCCGAGACUUCUCAUUUGGUCGGAUACUGGGAGAAGGUUCAUACAGCACCGUGUACCUGGCGACCGACAAACAGACUCUCAAGGAGUACGCGAUCAAAGUGCUUGAAAAACGGCACAUCAUUAAGGAAAAGAAGAUUAAAUACGUCAACAUUGAAAAGAACACCCUCAACAGACUUACCGAGCACCCCGGUAUCGUCCGACUUUACUAUACGUUUCAGGAUGAAGCGUCUCUUUACUACGUACUGGAUCUCUGCAACGGUGGCGAGCUUCUCGGCGUCCUCAAAAAGACGGGAUCUUUCGAUGUCGACUGCGUAAGAUUCUACGGGGCUCAAAUACUGGAUGCAAUCGACUACAUGCAUUCUCGAGGAGUUAUUCAUCGUGAUUUGAAACCGGAGAAUGUUCUUCUCGACAACCAUAUGCAUGUGAAGAUUACAGACUUUGGUACUGCGAAGCUACUGCAAGACCCAAGAGACCCGCAAAGUGUUACGCAUACUGGCGCUACCGGGCCUGACCAAGACGAAGACAGAGCCGCGUCAUUUGUUGGCACGGCAGAAUAUGUGAGCCCAGAGCUCCUGACACAUAAGACUGCGUCAAAAUCCAGUGAUAUUUGGGCAUUUGGAUGUAUUAUUUUCCAGCUCCUCGUCGGCAGACCGCCAUUCAAAGCUGGAAGCGAGUACCUCACCUUCCAAAAAAUUGUCAAUCUUGAAUAUGAAUUCCCACCUGGUUUCCCCCCAGCUGCGAGCGACCUCGUUGAACGUUGCCUGGUCCUUGAUCCUAGCCGAAGGCUAACUAUCGAGCACAUAAAAAACCACGAAUUCUUCGAAGGGCAGCAGUUUGGAAGAGGGCUAUGGAGGUGUCAAGCGCCACGCCUUCGACCGUACGUUCCGCCGCCGCAAGAGCCAACAAUUAUCCAGUUGAACGGCUGUCCACCCAACAGCGCACCCAACACUAGCGAACAUCGACAGCAAUCCAGCCAAAAACCGACUCCCCGUCCAGGACGGAUCAUUACAGAGCUGCCACCGCCUACUCAGCUCGAUAUCGAAUGGUCCCCCGUUCUCACGAAAGAUAACGAACGAAUACUCAAGUUAGCUGAUCUCAUGGUUAUAUCAAGCCCGCAUGGCGGUGUCAAUGGGAAGAGCGCAGAUGAAGGUCAUAAAAAGCUGUCCCGCUUCUUCGGGGGUAGCACAACAAAAAAACGGCAGAGACUCGUCAUGGUUACUUCCAGUGGACGAAUUGUCCUUGCUCCUGCCGGUGGAGAAGAAAAGCGAUCUAAGCAGGAGCUUUCAUUGCUCGCACCAGACAGCUCGUGGCACACCCACAAUGACGCCAAAGGUCAACUGGUUUGGUGUGUAGACGUCGGUGGAUACCGAUAUACCUUUGAAGAAACUAAAGGUACAGCGUCCUCAGAAAAUGGCACAUCUUACGCCGAGGAAUGGAUAAACAGCUUAGAGCGAGCACACGAUCUCGCCAUCUCUCAGAAUCUUGUAGCGCAAGGAGCGGACAAUGGAUUCACCGAAAUGUCUUCAAAUGCACCUAGUCCUUCUAGCACUGUUGGUGGUCGAGGCAAUGGGCCUGACUCGUACAGCAUCAAUGAGCGACCAUCGCGUGGCCAUCUCACCAAAGGUCAAGGUGGCACUGAUGAGUCCAACCCCAAGAGGAACCGCUUCAGUAAACGACAGUCACGGAACGGUCUUGGUACUGCUUUCUGA